CGGCGGGAACUCAAAUGUAUUGGACUAUACUAUUACUGCGACGUUGCCAAGCAGACUGCAGGAUUUUGAUAGAUAAACUCUUGUUAUAGCAAUGAAGAACGAAGAGGAGGAAGAGGAGGAGGAGGAGGAGGAAGGGGAGGAGGGGGAGGAGGGGGAGGAGAGGGAGGAGGAAGAGGGGGAGGAGGGGGAGGAGGAAGAGGAGGAAGAGGAGAAGGUUGAUGGUGGUGGCAAUGGUGGAGGAGGAGGAGGAAAGGAAGGCACUAGGUCAGAGCUGAGGAGAGGUAGGGGUCGAGACUUAGUAGUUGGGUCGUUUUUGGGUAUAGUAAUGGUGGCUAAGAACUGGUCAAAGGUGAAAGAGAUGAUGGAGGUGGGAGAAGUAGUAGCAGGUGGAGGACCAGGCAUUAACAGCUUUGAGGGGAAAGGAGAUAAGAGUGUCGGCCUCCCCCCCCACCCUGUGCCUCUCUUGGAUCCAUCCCAAGUCGCUCUUGGUGCGAAUAAGCCACUAAGCGGGGCUAGGAAUGAACUGCAGGGUAAUGACCACAAAUGCAAGGCUCAACAGCUAUGGGACUCUGAAUCAGUCCUGAGGCAGGAUGGCAAUGGACCUCCCGCUGUUCACCGUGUUGCCUUCAGCGGGCCUGCCACUCUUCCCGGAACAGGUCAGGUUCCUGCGGCGGGUCCUGGUCCUGUCCAUAGUCAACAGGACAUCAAUGUUUCAGGAGCUAUUUCGCACUCCGCUGCCACUGCCCCUGCUCCGAGUGCUGAACCCGGAGUAGUUCAAGGCCGUGCUGCUGUUCCUGGACUAGUUUUGAAUAGGCAGGAUCCCAAUGGACCUGCAGCAGGUGGUUCUCACACCAAUCCUGGUGGUACUACUGCUGCUCAUGGAACAGUUCUGGUUCCAGCUUCUGUUCCUGGAUCAACCGUGGAUUCUGGUACAGCGACCAAUUUACCGAAGCGUGCUGGCAGUGGCGGAGGAGCUCGGGGUCUGCUUCCGCCGCCUAGCUAUGACGGAAUAAGGGACCAGGCGAUCGCCCGCCAGAGCCUGAGUCAAGGUGGAAAGCAGGCAGAUCGGGCGUUACGGCAUGGGCCCGCAGAGGAGGUCACCCUCCGCAAUGAGAUGUUGCGACGGGGAAAGCCGGCAUCAGCUGUUCAGACAGGCAAUGUGACUCUCACUCCCCUGUGGAAGGGGAUACCCCCUUUGCAAGUGGCCGGUCUGGGGGGGGGGGCACCUUCUGCUAAACAUCGUGGGCCACAGGGGGGUAGAACGCUUGCAUGGGAUGUCCAACAACAAGGGGAGCAAGUGAGGGCCCCUAAGAAGGUGCGGAAACACCGGGACGCUGGGCGGCACAAAGCGUCGCACAAGAGCCACACCAGCAUCGGCUUCAGCGAGUUUCGAGCGGGCAAUCCGGAGGUCACGGCUCUCAUCUAUGAUGUCCAUGGCCCUGUUGCAAGCAGACUCCUAAGGGACCUUGAUGGCAAAACUGCCAGGGGUGUUGACUUUUCUGGCAUGAAUCUGAAUGAUGCAUCGGAUUCUGGUCCAUUUGCUGGAUCCAAUGGUUCUCAUUGGCCUGGAUGGCGGAAGCCACAAUCGAGUGGAAGUUUCGCAAGUACAUCGUGGAGAAAGAGCAGUGGAUUGCGGUUGAGGGAUGUUGUGGAGAUGACCAUGCGGAACACAAGGAAGAUUACAGUUGCGUGCCAGACUGACACGAGCGAAUUGCCGGCGAUCAAGGACCUGAGGAAGGUUGUGAAGGAGGUAAAGCAGGAGUUGGUGGAGGCUUACCGGCAGAUGAAGCUGAUGAGCAUACAUGUUGAGGCCAGUCAUCAGCAGAGGUUGGAGAAGGAGGUAGAACAUGCUGAGCAAAGGGUGAAGCGAAAGAUAGCGGGGAUAGAGGAUGACUUUCAGAAGAAGAUCAGUAGGUGCAGAGGUGCCAUGCGGACCAGGGUUGCCGACAUGCAGGCUGUCGAGAACAAACGAAUGGAUGACGAGGUCCGAGCCGCAUUCGCCGCUGCAGAGUUGCAAUACCAACAGGGAAGAGCUAGAGGAUCCCAGGAGAAGAAGGAACUAGAGAUGAAGAUCGUGGAGAUGGGUAUGUUGCUGGAGAAGGAGAAGAAGAAGGCCUUGCUGCUGCAGGCUGAGUUGACUGAGAGCCAGAAGCAGCUUCCCAGCUUCACCGACAGACCAGAUCGCCUACCGUCUGCAGGGUACAGCCUGAAAGUGGGAGCAUCCCGCUAGCGGCUGGGUUGCUGGUCAUUUCAGGCCUCUCUGCUACUUUCUGCAGCCACAUGAAAGGAGAGAGCUUCAGUAGGUGCUGGUGACCAGUUCACUGCAUCCGUACCUUGUGCAGGCAACGGUCCGAGAGUGGGAGGGCAUUACUGGACUUUUUCGUGUCGGUUCAGGUCUUUGUACCUUCUGCAGAGCCCACUAGGUGCUGGGUUGCUGGUCAGUUCAGCCCUCUGCUACUUUCUGCAGGCCACCUGAAAGGAGGAGAGCUCCACUGGCUACUGCUUGGCCAGUUUACGGCUACACAACUCC